GCGAGUGAGCCGGAGACAGAGGGGGGGCAGUGUGUGAAUGAGAGCGAGCGAGAGAGAGUGAGAGAGAGAGAGCGCAAGAGAGGAGAGAGGACCAGAGCAUCUUUCUUGGAGCAUCCUUAGGGUACCAUCCCGGCGCCAUGAGUAAGCUCAGCUCCAAUGAGUCACCGUCCCCCAGUGAGAUUCCAGGCCAGGAAGAAAAAGACAAAGCGGGGAGUGCCAAGAAGGUGGUAGAAGCAGAAGAAGAGGAAGUAGACAUUGACCUGAAUGCGCCCGAGACGGAGAAGGCCGCCCUCGCCAUCCAGGGGAAGUUCCGGCGCUUCCAGAAACGGAAAAAGGACCCCAGUCCCUGAACGGCAGCAGCUGCAGCGGCACCAAACCCACCUCUCCCGUCUCCCAUGCCACCCCCACCCCUCCGCCACGACACACAGCCUGCCUUACCCUAACGUCCCCUUAUCCUACCCAUAUUAGGUGGGGCUAGUGGUAUUUAUUUUUUGCACGUACUGUAAUAUAUUCAAAGCAAGGGUGGGGCUUGGACCCUCUCCGGAGUUUGGGGAGGGGGGGUAACAAACAAAACAGGGGGCUACCCUCAAGCUCACGUGCCACUCACCCACGGGAGGGCGCUCCCACUUUCCAAUAGCCAUGAUGAUAGCCGCGUAGCCAACGUCCCUUCACUGAAAGCCAUUGAGAAAGCGCUAGAUUGCAGUGGGCAGGGUGGGGAGAAGCAGGGAAGGGAAGGGGGCAGGCCAGCCUUGGGACAGGGGUAGAGAAGAUAGCCAUUGCUAGACUUGUAAUAUUUUAAUGUGUUUUUAAAAAAUGUCUGCACUUUGAAAAAUUAAGCCUGCUGCUACCCCCACUGUGGUUUGGCGGGUCAGGCCAGACUUGCCCACUGCCCAAUUCAGGGUUUGUUUGCUAGUAAACAAAAUGAAAAGCCUUAUAGCUGCUCUUCCCCCACCCCCUCCAAUAUAUAGAGAUAUAUAGAUAUAUAAUUAUAAUAAUAGUUUUUUAUUUAUAUGCUACCCAUCUGACUCUGGGUGGCUUCCAGCAAAAUAUAAAAACAGCAUAAAACAUUAAAAACUUCCAUAUACAGGGCUGCCUUCAGGUGUCUUCUACAAGUCAUGUAUGUUUGGCAUCUGAUGAGAGGGCGUUCCACAUAUAUUUGGGAUCAGGAAAGCAAUUCCUAUUAGAAAUGGCAAAUUAAAAAGCCAGUCUGAGAACAUUCAUAGGGGGAAAAGAUAAGAUAUUUAUAGGUUUUGUGCUCCGAAACUGAACACCAUAGUAUUAGAUCCAAACAUUAAUGGCAUGAACGCCACCAUUGAGACACAAUCCACAAGUCUCCCCCCCCCCCGCCCCAGUGUGCAAAACACAAUCUCAUGUGAAAUCCUUAAGAGCAAAUGUUCAGAUUUCAAAAUCAUCAAUACUGAGAUAGCCAAACUUGUCAGGUUUUAAAUCUCUCAUUUUUAAAAUAUUAUUGCAUAUUUAUCCCACCUGUUCCUCCAGAGAGCUCAAG